AUGACGCAAGAUCAAGGGACACCGCCGUCGGAACGCAAGCAGAAAACGGACAUGGAUCCAUCACCUGUUGUGGAAGAUCAACCAGACACAUCGGAUCUGGAUCUUACCUGGGACUCAGAUCAAGAUUAUGAUGAAUGCGUGUAUUUCUAUGAAGGAAACGAUCUAUACGCCGAAGAUGUCGAUAGUCAGAUGGCGGUGUUGCUUGAAGUACCUGUGGCGACGGAAGAUGUGAAGAUCGAAGACAUUCAACUAUGCGGAUCCGACGGUCAAACUCCAGAAGAGGUCGAGCGACUCCGCCAGAAGAUCUGGAAAUUCCGACACCUCUUGAUCGGGAAGGGAAAUGCCCUUCCGCCGGCAGCUAGAGGCGUGGUGUGUGAUAUCGGACGUCAGGGGGGGGGGGCGAGACCCAUCGCCCUCAAGUGCCGUAAGUUGCGGAUCCAGUUCAGGGAGAAGCUAGCAGACCUGGUCAAGGGUCUAUUGUCUGCCAAGAUGAUCAACUACCAUGGGCUUCCCCCAUCGUGGUGA